CGCCCAUGAGUUAUAAAAAUAGACGUGCAUAAUAAACAAAUCCAUGUCUUGCAUAACAAGCAGCAGCAAUGAUUCCGACAGUGACAGUUCUAAUGCUGAAGAAAAUUACCGGCUUAAAGAAGCUGCCGUUGAUGUGGUUCCCAAUAUGCUAACUUUUGAGGCUGCAAGACAGUCCAGCAACAUUCAUGCACAACAACAUGGAACACUACCACCCUCCCUGAGAACAACCUCUGUGGAGGUAAAUGAAGAUCCACAUGACUUGAACACAACUCCUGAAUUCAGAGCACAUGUUGCCAAGAAACUUACACAGAUCCUUGACAAGUCAGUUGACGUGAUCCAGACAGUUGGCGUUUCACUCGGCAGGACUUCAGAGUCUGAACAAAGCUGCAGCAAAAGCAGUGAAUCAGAAAGUCCUGGUGUGAAGCUCUUUGCAACCUCUAAUCAGACUGUUGCUGCUGUGUUUGCUUCUGAAAUUCCAGCCAAGAGAAAAUUGAAAAGACCACCAAGCAGCUCGGACAGCAACUCUGAUGAAGAAAUGGCGAAAUUUGCCUCGGCAGCUGUGUCAGGGAAAGACAUAUUGAAGCAAGCCAAGGAGACUCCUAUGUGGAUGAACAAAGUUGGAUCAGAUCGGACUGAGACUACUGGAAAUAAAAUUGAUGAGAAAGAAUUAGCUCGAAAUCCAGUUGGAAAUGUCAAUGGUCAUUCUAAUGAAACAGGGACAUUUCAUGCUGGAGUAGAAAUUAAUGUUAAGAAAAAGAAGAAGAGGAAGAAGAAACUUAAGGGGGGGUCUGAAACACAAUCUGCAUGUAGAGGACUAGAAAGGGAUACUGUGCGUUUGAUAGGAAAUGAAAGUGUGGCUGAUAAAGACACCAAGAAAAUGAAAACAAAAUGUGAGUUUGCUGAUGACAGUGGUUCAUGUUCUGAAACUGCAGAUAGUUUGAAAGUGGGUGUAUUGGUGGGGGAGGAUGAUAGCCAUAAAUUUGGUGCUAAAAAGAAGCUAACAUUGGACGUUGAAAGGUCAGAAAGUGCUGCAUGUCACAAGAACAUGUAUGGUAAAAAGAAGAAAUGUAAACAUCGGCACAGUGAAAAAAUGUGAUAUCCCUUAUUUGUAAUAAAAUAUUGGA